AUGUCGGUGGCCAUGACCAAGGCGGACGGAGUCACAAUGCUGACUCUGACCACCGACCCCAAAAGUAGCUGGCCCCCGCUGUGCCAGAUUCUGGGAGGCCUGUGUUACACCCCCGUUUGUUGCUCGGUGUCCCGUCACUUGAGAGGUGUCAUGGGGACCUCACAGUCAGUUUUGGGGGCGCUGCACAUCAUGAUGGGUCUCCUCAGCAUCGGUCUGGGGGCCAUACUCAUGAGCGACGAACGUACUUCUGGUUGGGUAAUGGAUUUCACGGGUUUUCCUCACUGGUUAGGAGCGCUGUUCAUUCUCUUCGGUAUCAUCUGCAUUUUGUCCGAGAAGUUCCCGAGUCCGUGUCUGGUGUUGGUCAAUGUCAUUCUAAACUUCUCAGGAAUCGCCUUUGCCAUCGCCGGCAUUGUCCUUUACUCCAAGAACUUGGCCAGAAUCUACCUGGGGCGUUUUUGUGGGACGUACGGUGAUGAUUAUUACGGCAGACAGCGUCCCACCCCAAGUCCCGCCGGGGUUAAGUACCAACUCCUCUGCUUGGAGGGAAAACACCUGAUUUUGAUGCUAGCGCGAGGCAUCAACGGCGUGGCCAUCGUGCUGUGCGUCCUGGAACUCUGCCUGGUCGUCAGCUCCUUCGUACUGGCCAUCAAAUCUCUGUGCCUAAGCGGACGCGACGACAACGGGGACGUCCAACAGCAGGAGAGUCCUGAUCAGCCGGACAGUGUAUACAAGCCGCUCCUGAACGAAGGCGUGGAGGCCUAA